CUAUCACACACACACACACACACAUACACCUCCUCAGUGAGUCUAACCUCAGUGAUCCACAGCAGCAGUUGUGUUCAGGUGCAGAGCUGCAGACACAUCAGGACCUGAACUCACCACCUCUCCAUCCUCUCUUUGAUUAUUGGCUCCAGCUCUGCAGCAGCGGUGCUUCCCUGAGAACAUGCCGUCUCUGCGUCACUCCUACACGGUCACGGUGCCGGAGGAACCGGCCUCUCUUCCGCUGGACAGACCCGAGCUGCAGCGGAGGAGGGGUCCGUCUCUGUCCCGGUCUGCGCUGGUGUCCACGUUCAUGGGUCUGAUCAUCAACCAGGCCAAGAACAAGAGUCCUCAAGGCCUGGUGGGACUGAGGAACCUUGGCAACACGUGUUUCAUGAACUCCAUCCUUCAAUGUCUGAGCAACACUCCAGAGCUGAGAGAUUACUGCCUGAGGAACGUCCAUCACUCAGACCUCAACAACAACUGCAGGACGAACGCAGCUCUCAUGGAAGAGUUUGCUAAACUGACUCAAAGCCUGUGGACGUCUGUCAACAACGAGGCCAUCAGUCCGUCCGACUUCAGGAACCAGAUCCAGAGAUUUGAUCCAAAAUUUGUCGGCUGCCAUCAGCAGGACGCUCAGGAAUUUCUGCGCAUGCUAUUGGACGGACUCCAUAAUGAAGUGAACAGAGUGACAGUCUGCCCCAAGGUGUCGGUGCAGGACUUUGACCACCUCUCGGACGAUGAAAAAGGCAAGAGAAUGUGGAAUAUGUACCUGGAGAGAGAGGACAGCAAAGUAGUAGAUUUAUUCGUCGGACAGUUGAAAAGUUCUCUGACCUGCUCCGUCUGUGGUUUCCGCUCCACUGUGUUCGAUCCGUUCUGGGACUUAUCAAUACCUAUUGCUCAGAAGAACUCAGGCGAAGUGACUCUCAAAGACUGUUUGAGACUCUUUACUAAAGAAGAUGUGCUGGAUGGAGACGAGAGGCCGACAUGCAAGAAAUGCAAAACCAGAAGGACAUGCACCAAAAGAUUCAGCAUCCAGAAGUUCCCUCAGAUCCUUGUUCUUCACCUGAAGCGUUUCUCAGACUCUAACGUCCGAGCGAGCAAACUCUCCACCUACGUCAACUUCCCUCUCAAAGAGCUGGACCUGCGGGAGUUUGCCUCUGAGAGCAGCGAGCGUCCCGUGUACAGCCUGUACGCAGUGUCCAACCACUCUGGAAAUACUUUGGGAGGCCAUUACACAGCGUACUGCAAGAACCAGGCGCUGGGGGAGUGGUACAGCUACAACGACUGCAGAGUGAGCCCAAUGUCCUCCAGCCAGGUUCGCAGCAGCAACGCCUACGUGCUCUUCUACGAGCUGGCCACAUCCCCUCACGGCAAAUAUCAGACAUGUCGGCUUUAGGCGCCGUGGAGGAGGAAGGAGCCGCAUCAUCAACUGGGCCUCUGGGUGCAGACUCUGCCUGUGUGGAGAGGGCUCCUCCUAGUGGAGAAAGUUCUGCCAUUACAAAGCUGCUGUGAAAAAAGAAGAAAGGUGCAUGUGAAGACACUUUGCACUGAGAUCGAACACUCGGUGGAAGUGAUUUGACGAUGCCUCCACUGGCCACGAAGUUUAGAGAUCCAGCUCCGGGCGUCACCAUCACAGUGAACAUGCAGCAGUGGACUCAGAAGAUGAUGUUUUAUUUUAUUAUAGUUUAUUUUCAUUUAAAAAAACAAACAUUUCCAGCUCUUCCUGGACCUUUUUUGCCAAUUGUGUGGAUUUUUUGUGUCACUUUGAAUGUGGACGUCACAGAGACUUGAAAGAUGUCACACACUGACUCAUGUAUUCUAUUUAAUGAUGCUGGAAAUCCACAGAUGCACAGGGGAUGUUUUAUGUCAAACCACAUUUUAUUUUUGUAUAGUAUUUAUGGGCAGCGUGUUGAAUGUAUCUCAACUGUGGAAAAGCCUGAUAAAUCAGAGCAGCUGUAUAAAUAUGCAUCAGUUAUACUUCCUUCAGGAAGUAAAGUAAAGCUGACUUUACAUCAACAAUUCUGUGUCAACUGAGGCUGCAUCAUCUGUUCAUUUUAUCGUACCGUUAUUUAUUCAGGCAACCGAAUGGAAAGAAUGUUAAACCAACAAUAAAAACUUUAUACUGCAUGUUUAA